UCUCAAGAGUGUAAAUCACAACCCUUGUCGGGCAAAGCAUUUUCAACCUGAUGUUAGUUUGCGUGCCGCCCACGGUAUUUCCAUAAUAAAUCAGCAGCUAAAAACCGUCUGAGAAGAUUUGCAUAUAAACCCACCCCCAAUUUCUUAUUCUCUCUCACAAAUUCAAUAAUAAUUCUUGAAGAACAAAAAAACAAUGGCUGAUCAUUCAAGCUCCGUUUUCUCCCAAAUCGCUCGUGCUCCUGAAGAUCCCAUCUUAGGGGUUACUGUUGCUUACAACAAAGAUUCAGACACAUCAAAGUUGAAUUUGGGUGUAGGUGCUUAUAGAACUGAGGAAGGGAAACCUUUGGUUCUCAAUGUUGUAAGACAGGCAGAACAAAAGCUCGUUAAUGACCCGUCUCGGGUUAAGGAGUAUCUUCCCAUUGUCGGACUUGCAGAUUUUAAUAAGGGUAGUGCAAAGCUCAUUUUUGGUGCUGAUAGCCCUGCAAUUCAAGAGAACAGAGUCACUACCGUGCAGUGUUUAUCCGGAACCGGCUCACUAAGGGUCGGUGGAGAGUUUCUUGCAAAGCAUUACUAUGAAAAAACGGUGUACAUUCCAUCCCCAACAUGGGGAAACCAUCCGAAAAUCUUCACUUUAGCCGGAUUAUCCGUAAAGACAUACCGUUACUAUGAUCCUGCUACACGUGGGCUCGACUUCCAAGGCCUUCUGGAAGAUUUGGGUAACGCUCCAACGGGAGCGAUAGUCCUCCUUCACGCGUGUGCUCACAAUCCAACUGGCGUCGAUCCAACCCUUGAUCAAUGGGAACAGAUCCGAAAAUUGAUGAGAUCAAAAGGGUUGUUACCGUUUUUCGAUAGUGCAUAUCAGGGUUUUGCAAGUGGCAGCCUCGAUGCAGAUGCACAAUCUGUUCGAAUGUUUGUUGCUGAUGGCGGUGAAUGCUUUGCAGCUCAAAGUUAUGCUAAAAAUAUGGGACUUUACGGCGAACGUGUUGGAGCCCUUAGCAUUGUUUGCAAAACCGCCGACGUUGCAAGCAGGGUAGAGAGUCAACUUAAAUUGGUUAUUAGGCCGAUGUAUUCGAGUCCGCCUCUUCAUGGUGCGUCUAUUGUUGCAACUAUACUUAAAGACAGUAAUUUGUACAAUGAGUGGACGGUUGAGCUUAAAGCAAUGGCUGAUCGGAUUAUCAGCAUGCGCAAGCAAUUAUUAGAAGCCCUACAAGCAAGAGGAACACCGGGUGACUGGACUCACAUUAUAAAGCAAAUCGGAAUGUUUACUUUCACCGGGCUGAACGCUGAACAAGUUGCUUUCAUGACAAGAGAGUAUCACAUCUACAUGACUUCCGAUGGGAGAAUCAGCAUGGCUGGUCUAAGUUCAAAGACUGUACCUCAUCUUGCGGAUGCUAUGCAUGCUGCUGUUACCCGUGUUGCGUAAACAAGCAUGUUUUGUUGUAAGUCUUAAUAAAGCUGUUUUUGGAUUACUUUAAGCCGGCAUGAUUAUCGCCUAAUCUGGAAACUUUAUUGACAUUAUUAAAUUGAGCCACUUGGUUUUGCUUAAUUUC